AGACAAAUCCUGCAUGUCCACAGUUUCCUGGAACAUGAAGAAAAAAAUGACCUACUUGAAACAUCUUUUCAUUUUGGUCACAAUGCGAUGCUUCGUUCAGUGUGAACCAGACGCAAUACGACCAGGAAAAAUGUCAGGUGUUUUCUGCACUUUUAAAGAGAAGGCGUACAGGCCAGGAGAUAGCUGGCAUCCCUAUCUGGAGCCCUUUGGAUUCAUGUUCUGCAUGCGCUGUACUUGCACAGAAUUUGGUCAUGUGAAAUGCAACAGCAUCAAAUGCCCUGUUCUGCGAUGUGAAAAUCCAGUGACUAACUCACAGCAGUGUUGCCCUCGUUGUUUAGAUGAGCACAGAACUCCUGCUGGUCUACGGGCACCCAUUGAAACCUGUAGGUAUAAUGGAAGCACUUACCAAACAGGGGAAACAUUUGCCAACCAUGAGCUCUUCCCAUCCCGUCAGUCGAACCAGUGCGUCAUGUGUACUUGCUCUAAUGGAAAUAUAUUCUGUGCAUUGAAAACCUGUCAGCCCAUUACAUGCUCCUCACCAGAGUCAGUCCCGGAUACUUGCUGCUUAGUGUGCAAAGAAAGUGCAAUUGAUAUCAAUUCUGCAUCAUUUGAGGACGGAGGACAACAACUGAACAGAGGAGUUAGGCAUUCUGUGGAUCAGUGUGCUGCGGAGCAGGUCAGGGGUCACUCACUUAGGGCCACGCCAUCGACACUGCGGGGGUCUCCCAGAGGCCUCAACCUACAGACACUACACCUCAAAGGAGCUGCCGAAACUACUGUUAAAAUUCUUCUACAGUGCAAACAUCAGAGAGCUUGUGUGUACAGUGGCAAGACCUAUUCUCAUGGUGACGUGUGGCACCCGGUGCUGGGGAAGGUCUUGGAGUGCAUCCUGUGCACCUGCAGGGACGGCUUUCAAGAAUGCAGACGCAUCACGUGUCCCAACCAGUAUCCAUGCCAACAUCCCAUAAAAAUAGAGGGGAAAUGCUGUAAGAUUUGUCCAGAGCUCAAAGCAGAGAGCAACAGGACAGAGUGCUACCUUACUCAGGACAAUAACAGUCUCCUGGUGUAUAAAGUUGAACCUCCUUCAGCUGCUCAGUCAGAAGAUAAAGUACGGAUGAUUGCCAUCGAGAGACAAGGAGCCACGGAAGUAGAGGUGCAAGUCUGGAAAACUGUUGAAGGUGUUUUGCAUCUGAUGGAGACAGGUGACGUUCAGAAGAAAGACCUCAUAGAGCAUCCGGAAAAUUACAUCUUGCUGACUACAUUAGAUGAGGAAACUUGGAGAAAAUUCAAAGAAGAAGAGGACAAGCAGAAAGAUUUGAGUAAGAUUAGGAGCUGUGAAGACGGGAUCAAGGAAGUGGUGAAGUACUUAAACCCUGAACAGCUGGACAGCCUUUGCACUUCUUAGUCUCCUCCCCGCUCUAACACUGUGCCAUCCCAGUCUGACACUCAUUUUAUUACCAGAAGAACACACACUCCCACACUCACACAAUGUGCAUGUAGUACAAAACCAGAUGCUGGCAGCAGGUAGUCUAAAGAUCUGGUUUAUUACUAUGAGUCAGUUUAGCGCAAGUCUUUAUGAGUUUGACAUCCCAGAAUUCUUUCUGAGACCUGUUUUUUUUUUCCAGAGGCCUUGAGGUCAUUCAAUUUUCUUGCAUUGUUGCAAAAUGCAUGUUUGAUAAGUGAAUAAAUAUAUGCUAUUUGGCCAGAAUUAUAAGGACGAAAGAUUUUAAAGCAAUCAUCAUCAUCAUCAUUAAAGGAAAUGAUGUAUGUAAUUUUAGCAAGCUUCCACUGUAUGUACAUAAGAGG